AAGCAACAAACUCGAAGAUCGUAGGAGGACGUCAUCGAGUAAAGGAAAAGAAGGCGGCAAUAAGACGGAGGUAAAAGGUAGAGGAGAAGACAGAUAGAGAUAGUAUAGAAUAUAGAAGUGAUCCGCGAGCGCGUGUGUGCGCGUCUCUGAUCGCGGCUGAUUCUCGCGCGCGCGCGCUCUCAUCGCCGGCCGUGUAUGGACGUCGUCACGCAUGGUGCACGCACCGAGGAGGACAAGGCUCAAGCCCUGGAAUCCGGCUCUCGUCUACGUUCCUCCGCGCGGCUCGGUUUCAACUCCUCUUCCUCGUCGGCUGCAUCAUCAGCGACAACAACAACAGCAGCAGCAGCAGCAACAGCAGCAGCAGCAGCAGCAACAGCAGCAGGAGGAGGAGGAGGAGGAGGAGGAGGAGGAGGAGGUGGUGGUGGUAGUGGUGGAGGUUCGUCGGGAAUUAACAACAGCAGCAGCAGCGGCGGCAACGCAACCACCACUGGCAGCAGCACCACCAGCACCACUGGUAAUAGCACCACCAACGCCACUACCACCUGCCGAGCAUCAACCAAGCGUAAGAGAAAGAAGAGAAGGCGUCAACGACGAAGCAGCAACGCGGCGAACGACGACAACGACGACGACGACGUCGUCGAGGAUCUUUCAACCGUCCUUGACUCCUCCUCCUCCUCGCUCGUCUCAUCCUCCGGUACAUCCUCGCGCCACCUCGGCUCAUCAUCCGUCGGUCUCCUCGAGGACAAUCUUUUACCACCGCCGCCGCCACCGGCACCGGUUACUGGCAAUAACACCAACAACAAUAACACAGGUGUUACCGGCACAUCUACCAGAAGAAGUCUCGCUCAGCAGGUUGACGACGAAGGUAAUACUACGACGACGACAUCGUCCCGCCAACAUCGACACCAUCACAACAACAACAACAACAACAACAACAGCGUCAGCGGUAACCACCACCACCGUCAGCAGCAACGAGCCGAGGAUAACGACGAUAACACUGCUACUGGCGGUGGUGGUAGAACCCGUGGAGAAGCUCAAGAGGAAUACAACAACAACAACCACGAGGAAGAAGAGGAAGACGAGGAGGUGGUGGACGAGGAAAGAUCGAACGAGAGGAAUCAUCGUUCUGAACGUAGAGGCUCAUCGCCGACUAUUACGGCACUGCGAAACGGAGGGAAUAGCAGCAACACGCGUUCAGCGUCGGCGGCCGCGGCUUCGACUGCUGCCGCUUCAUCUUCUUCCUCAUCCGUACCAAUUCUCGGCGACAUCACGUUUCUCAAUCGCAGGACGGCCAAACGAUCGGCCAGGAGAUGUAACAACGCGAGCGGUCGCAGGAACGCGAUGACGAUGGAUCUCCAGAGGCUGAUCAAUGAGGUGCACGCGAGACCGGCUAUCUGGGAUCAGAAGAACGUCAACUAUCACAAUCGCGACGUCAUACUGAAGAUGUGGCGGGAGAUCGCAAGAGCCUGCGAAGUUUCCACCGACGUCGCCAAAUCGAAAUGGAAGCACCUCAGAGACAACUUCAGGAACGAGUUGAAGAAGACUUAUCGGGGAAAAUGCGAUGGGAGUCUUGGUGGCGGUAGCGAACACGAUUCGAAGUGGGUCUGGUUUAGGAGCCUCUUUUUCUUGAGGGACCAAAUGAAUUCUAGGGUGAUCGGGUGCGCCCUUAAUCAAAAUUGUGCGGCCCUACGUUCCUCGCCCGACGGUACGCAGAUAGAACCACAAAUCGAUAUACUCGAAGGUCACGAGGAAACCCAAUUCGAUGAUUUAGACGGUGACUCGUGUCAAUCGUUGUUAUCGAACGACGACGGUCUCCAUCAUGUUAUGCCACCUCCUAAAAUGAAUAAAAUCGGAAGGAAACGAACCCUUAUGGAAGCCAUGGACAACGAUUAUCCUGAAAUGGAUAGGAAAAGGUACGACGCGUUACAGAAGAGAUUGGUCCUUGGUCAAGACGAGGAAGACGACACUUACCACUUUUUAAUGAGCGUCAGAAACCCUUUGAGAAGUCUUCCCCUCGAUAGACAAAUGUUUGUCAGGCUAAAGAUCCAAGAGCUCGUCUACAACGAGAUUAAUUCGCAAAAUCAUCAGUUACGUAGCUACGACGGCUCGCAAGACGUUAAACCGUUGAAAGGACAAAACGACAAUGGCAAUGGCACAGCUGGUAAUGGUGGAAAUGGUGAUGUCGUUAGCGACAUGUCGAACCCUGCCUCGUUGCUACAGAAUUGCGCUACCGAGGGCUCGAGCGAUGACGCUUUCUUCGGCUGAAAAUUUUAUUUAUAGUUUACGUUAUUAAACUGUAAGAACAAUAAUUUUAUUAAUAGAGAAUAAACGACCGUAUUUUUUCAACAA